GUGGGGGGGAGUGGUGGUGGUGGUGGUGGGGAGGAAGAGGGAGAGAGGGAGACAGACAGACCGAGACAGCAGCAAGAGCCACGGAGAAACAAGACAAGAAGAACAAGACGAGGAAAUUACAGCAACAACAACAACAAGAACAAGUGAAUAGUGCCCGGCGAGACGAGAUAGAUGUGUAAUCAGGCCGCUCUUAGGCGGAAUGAAUCCAGAGCUGACGAUGGAAAAUAUGGGAGAUCUGCACGGCGCGAAUCAUGAACAAGUGCAGCAGCAGCAGCAAAACGACCUCAUGAGCACCCACAGCCCACACCUUCGCCACCCGCACUACGAGAUCCAGACGCACUCACGGCCGUCGAUGGUGUCCAACAUGACCUCCAUUCUGGACGGCGGCGACUACCGAGCGGACCACUCGCUGGCCGGCUCCCUGCACCCGGCCAUCACCAUGACCUGUGACUCGCCGACCGGCAUGAGCAUGAGCAGCACCUACACGACGCUCACGCCGCUGCAGCCGCUGCCUCCCAUCUCGACCGUGUCGGAUAAAUUCCACCAUCACCACCACCAUCACCACCACCACCAGCGCCUCGCGGGCAACGUCAGUGGCAGCUUCACGCUCAUGCGGGACGAGCGGGCGCUGUCCACGGUCAACAGCCUGUACAGCCCCUACCACAAAGAGAUGUCGGGCAUGGGCCAGGGGCUGUCCUCCCUCUCGUGCUCCACGCUCACCAACGGCCUGAGCGCGAUCCAUAACUCGCAGCAGGGCCUCGCCACCUACGGACACCACCACCACCAUCACCACGGGCCCAUGGGCAACGACAAAAUGCUCGCCGCGGCCGCUGCUGCCGCGGCGCACAACGGCUUCGACGCGCACUCGGCGAUGUUGGCACGCGGCGGCGGCGAGCAGCACUUGGGCCGCGGUCUCACGCCCCCGUCGGCCGCGGGGAUGAUGCCCUCCCUCAACGGCAUGCACCCGCAAGCUCACCACCCUCACCACCCGCACCACCCGCCCCACCACGGCCAGCAGCAGCCCCACGGCGGCGGCGGAGCGAUGCUCCACGCCGGAGGGGGGUGCCGCGAGCGGGGGGUGGCGGCCGGGCUCGUGGCGCAGUCGGCGGGGGGCCCGCACGGCGCGGGGCCCCCCGGGGCCGCGCAGGCCGAGGAGAUCAACACGAGGGAGGUGGCGCAGCGGAUCAGCACGGAGCUGAAGCGGUACAGCAUCCCGCAGGCUAUCUUUGCGCAGCGCGUACUGUGCCGCUCACAGGGCACGCUGUCCGACUUGCUGCGCAACCCCAAGCCGUGGAGUAAGCUCAAGUCGGGCCGUGAGACCUUCCGUCGCAUGUGGAAGUGGCUCCAGGAGCCCGAGUUCCAACGCAUGUCGGCUCUGCGGCUGGCCGGUAAGGUCCCCUGCAAGCCAGCACUGUCUGCCGCCUACAAUGCGACAUCAUCGGCACUUAACUUUAUAGAGAGCACUGCUGGAAUGGCCCAGUAUCCAUCGCCAGUCAUCAGCGCACAAACGUGCAAGCGGAAGGAGCAGGAGCAGGGACGCGAUAAGGGCAGCCAACCAAAGAAACAGCGCCUGGUGUUCACGGACGUGCAGCGCCGGACCCUGUUCGCCAUCUUCAAGGAGAACAAGCGUCCGUCCAAGGAGAUGCAGAUCACCAUCGCGCAGCAGCUGGGCCUGGAGCUCAGCACGGUGAGCAACUUCUUCAUGAACGCGCGCCGCCGCAGCCUCGACAAGUGGUCGGACGAGGGGGGUCCCGGCGCCACGUCGGGGGCCUCCUCGGGCGCCGGCUCGGUCCACGGCACCUGCACCAAAGCCUGAGUUGGGGGAGACGGGGGAGGGGGCGGAGGGAGGGGAUGGAGCAACGCCCGGGUCUCUGUUGGCGCUGUGAAGCGGAGGCCGGAGGAGUUUUACGCAACGGCGGUCGUCGCUGGUUUGGAGCCAGGGAGGGGGAGCGGGCGCGGGUUGCCGGGGUCGGCCUGGUUGGGCGGUGGUGGUGGUGCCGCCGCCGCCGCCGCCGCCGCUGCUGGUGAUGGUGGUGCUGGUGGGAAAACAGAGGAGGCCGUGUGGAGCGGUGAGCGGGAGACGCGCGCUAGGGCGCGGGCGGAGGAGGAGGAUUGCGAGGGGCGACUCGUCAGUGGCGGCGUGGAGGAGCUCGCAGGGCCCCCCCCCGCCUCUCUCUCUCUCUCUCCCGAGCGGUCUCUGGGCCUUAACCCUCGGCCCGCCGCACACGACGAAGAUUGCGAGCAAAAGUCUGGACGGCCUCCUCUUUCUUUCCGCCACCCCUCCGCAACUGUUUGGAUCGUCUGGCACAAAGCAGUUUCCUCUGCGACUACUUCACUCUACAGCUUUAUUGUUCUUAUUUAUUUUUCGAGCUCCAAAUAUCGACGUGCGAAACCAAAGACUCACCUCCCCCCCAACCCCACCCCCCACCCCCACCACACUCUGUUGUUGUUGUUGUUUUUAUAUAUACACACGAAGAAGGAGAAAGAGGAAGACGACGAAGAAACAAACAAACAAAGGCUUGGUGAUGCAAACGGCCUCGCGCGCAAAUCCCCUCUAGGAACUGGAGCGACGCGGGAAGCGCGCGGCGAGCAAACGGCACUUGACGUGGAGAACCCCUCCUCCCCAAAACACAAAAAAAUGAACUCUGUCUCGACGUCGUUUGAUGCUUUGAUGUUCUAGGUGGAAAUAUGUUGAACGGGAGUACGGUUUAAAAGCUUUAACCUGCCACUUAAAGCAAGAUAAUCGCUUUAAGGUGGCGGAACAGCCUGCUUAUUGUGGAAAAAAAACGCGUUUCCAAUUCUCAGAUACGGGAAGCCGAAUUUUACACAUGAAAUAAGACGGGGAAUCGAAUUGACGUGGUGGUGGUGGUGGUGGCGGUGGCGGUGGUGGUGGACUACUCUACGACGAGGCGCGGCCGGUUCCCGUCGAGGGGGCCGCGUAAAACGCGAGAUGAAGAUUCUGGGCGACGUCCGGGAUUUAACCCCGGCGGUCGCAGGGAAAAUGAAAAAAGAAAAAAACGACGGGCGUUGAUGAGGUGGUUAUUCUGUAUGCUUGGUGAAGCCUAUACACAAGAGCAGAUAAACAUCCACGGAAUGCAUGAACUCGGUUGCGGUUCCCGUUUUGCAAACAACAACAUUCGGAAUCACGGUUUUAAUUUUUUUUGCUUGCUGCGCCAUUGCUCAAAUGUGGGAAUUUGAGCCAGGCGCACGCAACGCAACACCGCCACCCCACAUAGCACGACCACCCCACACAGCAAAGCCACCCCACACAGAACCACCACACCACCCAGCACGACCACCCUACACAGCAAAGCCACCCCACACAGCA